GCUGGCAGAGAGGGGGUGGCCUGGACAGCUUUCCCGCGAGCGAGCACCCGGCGCGGCUUCCGAGAAGCCUAAGGGCAGUCUUGGGCAGCUCCCCAGAGCUUCUCGCGGUGAUAAAACUUGAGAAAAAACGAGGAGGGGCGUCUCCGCGUCUCCCGAGUCCAAUCCUGUCUCAGGAGUGAAAACGCCCUCCGGCACGCAAACCUGAAAAAGUCCCGGGCGACGUAACGAGCAGCUGAAAGAAGUGCACCUCCGCUCCGCCGCACCUCGGCGGGCUCUGGUCUCUUACGUCCCGCCCGGUGCCUGCGUCCUCCUCUCCGGCCCCGCACCCCGAUGGCUGCCGCCGGGCCCCAGAGCUCCCUGCGCGGAGCUCUCUGCAGGCAGCUACUGCUGACCCUUGUGGUCUUCAGUUUUGCUUGUGAAGCUUGCAAAAAGGUGAUAUUUCAUAUACCUUCCAAACUAGAGGCAGACAAAGUGGUUGGCAGAGUUAAUUUGAAAGAGUGCCUCGGAUCUGCAGACCACAUCCAAUCCAGUGAUCCUGAUUUCAGAGUUCUAGAAGAUGGGUCAGUAUACACAGCCCAUGCUGUUGUGUUGUCUGAUGAGAAAAGAUCUUUCACCAUAUGGCUUUCUGACUCAAAGAAACAGACACAGAAAGAGAUUCCUGUGCUCCUGGAACAUCAGAAGAAGGUACUGAGGAAGAGACACACUAAAGAGACUGUUCUCAGGCGUUCCAAGAGGAGAUGGGCCCCUAUCCCCUGCUCAAUGCAAGAGAAUUCCUUGGGCCCUUUCCCUUUGUUCCUUCAACAGGUUCAAUCUGACGCGGCACGGAACUAUACCGUCUUCUACUCAAUAAGUGGGCGUGGAGUUGACCAAGAACCUCUAAACCUGUUUUUCAUAGAAAGAGACACUGGAAAUCUGUAUUGUACCCGGCCUGUGGAUCGUGAAGAAUAUGAUGUUUUUGAUCUGAUUGCCCAUGCGUCAACUGCAGAUGGGUAUACAGCAGACUUACCUCUUCCACUGCCCAUCAGAGUGGAGGAUGAAAAUGACAACUACCCUAUUUUCACAGAAGCAAUUUAUAAUUUUGAAGUUCCAGAAAGCAGUAGAAUUGGUACUACAGUGGGAGUGAUUUGUGCCACAGACAGAGAUGAACCAGACACGAUGCAUACGCGCCUGAUGUAUAGCAUUUUGGAGCAGACGCCAGGAAAACCUGGGAUCUUCUCUGUGCAUCCCAGCACAGGUGUAAUCACAGUCUCUCAUUAUUUGGACAGAGAGGUUGUAGACAAGUACUCAAUGAUAAUGAAAGUGCAAGACAUGAAUGGUCAAUUUUUUGGAUUGAUGAAUACAACAACUUGCAUCAUAACAGUAAAAGAUUCAAAUGACAAUUUACCCACUUUCAGACAAAAUGCUUAUGAAGCAUCAGUAGAGGAAAAUACGUUCAAUGUGGAAAUCUUACGAAUACCUAUAGAAGAUAAGGAUUUAAUUAACACUGCCAAUUGGAGAGCCAAUUUUACUAUUUUAAAGGGCAAUGAAAAUGGACAUUUCAAAAUCAGUACAGACAAAGAAACUAAUGAAGGUGUUCUCUGUGUUGUAAAGCCACUGAAUUAUGAAGAAAUCCGUCAAGUGAUCCUGGAAAUUGGAGUAGGCAAUGAAGCUCCAUUUACUGGAGAUGUGACACUCAGAAUGGCAAACAUGAACAGAGCCAUGGUCACAGUUAAUGUGAAGGAUCAGGACGAAGGGCCUGAAUGCAGACCUGCAGUCCAAUGUGUACAGAUUAAAGAAAACUCCCCAGUGGGUUCAAAGAUCGAUGGAUAUAAGGCAUAUGACCCUGACACUAAAAGUAGCAGUGGUUUAAGGUACAAAUUAUUGCAUGACCCAAAAGGGUGGCUCACCAUUAAUGAAAUUACGGGCUCACUCGAAACUUCCAAAAUCUUAGACAGGGAGGCUGUAACUCCCAGAAGUGCCUUGUAUAAUGUUACAGUCCUGGCAAUAGAUAAAGAUAGUAGAUCAUGUACUGGAACCAUUGAAGUUAAAAUUGUAGAUGAGAAUGAUAAUCCGCCAGAAAUACUUCAAAAUUAUCUAGUAAUUUGCAAACCAAAGAUGGAACAUGUUGACAUUUCAGCCGUUGAUCCUGACGAGCCCAUGCACGGCGCUCCAUUUGACUUCAGCUUGGCAAAACCUUCUCCAGAAAUCAACAGACUAUGGACCCUUGCCAAAGUUAAUGAUACAGCUGCCCGUCUUUCAUAUCGGAAAAAUGCCAAAUUUCAAGAAUAUUCUAUUUCCAUUACCGUAAAAGAUGUAGAAGGUCAAUCUGCAACAAAAACCUUGAGAGUGAACCUCUGUGAUUGUACUUACCCAGAUCAAUGUCGCAUGGCUGCAGGAGCGAUACUUGGCACAUGGGCGAUCCUUGCGAUACUUCUGGGUAUAGCAUUGCUUUUCUCUAUAUUGCUAACUGUAGUAUGUGGACUUGUUAGUGCCAGAAAUAAAAAAAGUUUUCCUGAAGAUGUGGCACAGCAAAACUUAAUCAUCUCAAACACAGAAGCACCUGGAGAUGAUAAAGUGUGUUCUCCCAGUGGCUUUACGACCCAUACAGUCAACAACUCUAGCCAAGGCUUUUGUGGCACUAUGGGAUCAGAAGUUCAAAAUGGCAGGCAGGAAACCAUUGAAAUGGUAAAAGGAGGAAACCAGACCUUGGAAUUGUGCCAGGGGGCCGGGCAUCAUCACACCCUGGAUUCCUGCAGAGGAGGCACGGUGGAGAUGGACCACUCGGAGUGGUACAAUUUCACUCAGCCCCGCCUUGGUGAAAAACUGCAUCUGUGUAAUCAGGAUGAAGACCAUAUGCCAUCUGAAGAUUAUGUUCUUACGUAUAACUAUGAAGGAAGAGGGUCUCCAGCUGGUUCUGUAGGUUGCUGCAGUGAAAAACAGGAAGAGGAUGGCCUUGACUUUUUAAAUAAUUUGGAAACCAAAUUUACUGCCUUAGCAGAAACAUGCACAAAGAAAUAAUGUUACAGUGCUACAAUUAGACAUAUCUUUGUCAGACAUUCUGGAGGUUUCGGAAAGGGAUAUUGUAAGAUUUAAUUUAUAUCUAGAUAUCUAGAUAUCUAUGAAUAUGAAUAUGUAUGAAUUUUUCUAAAAUUUUUGAAUUAUGCUACAUACCAAUUUCUACUUUAAAACAGUUUGUUACUUAUCUUUUCAGGAAGUUUAAAAUGUUAAAACAGAUUUUGCCUCUUUUACUGCUGAGUAAAUAGACAACCAGCAAAUCUCAUGCUAUAGCACUGGAAUUAAGGUCUAUAAAGGACCUCCUCUUCUUUGCAUAUAUUUUUCCAAUAAAUACAUUGGCUAAAUAUUAGUCCAACAAUAGAAGCUGUAUUUGACUGACUAUAGUAGAACAGCUCUCUGGGCUAGAAAUUCCAUCCUUAUUCCAGCUUUAGAUAAAAGUAGAAUAUUAAUCGUUAUGGUAAAUUAUGUUGGAUUUUUUUAGCUCUAAAAAAUCAGUAGCACCUGGUCAUUUGCUUCUCAAAUUUGUUCACAUGCUACAGCCUCUGGAAGGCCUUGCAAAAUUCCCCAAAAGCAAUGACGUUUAAACUUAAAAUAAUUGACAUCUAAUCUUAUGAUAAACCUAAUAGCACAUUAUUAUAUACUCACUUCAAAUGACAGCUUAAAAAAUAGACAACAAAUAAUAGGUACCACUAGUUGAAGAAAAGUUUGAAAGAAAAAUAAUUAAGACUAAAUUAAUUUUAAGAUUUUGCAGCUAUGAAGAAUUGGGACCUGCUCCCCAUACCCGACCCUGCAAAAAAAAAUUCUUUAUUUUACUUUGGAGGCAGAAUUUGUUGAGCUAGCUCAUGAAGUAGCAAUGUUCGAUAGGAAUACAGUUUG